AUGAGGGUGUAUAUCGGCUAUGUACAUCAGUACAAUUCAUUGGAUUCUCAGCCAGAUGUUUUGAAGUCAUUAUAUUCUCCUCUUCAACCACAAAGUUCUUUGGAAGAUUUGGGGUAUCAUGAUGGUGGUCGACUCUCUGACCAGCAAAUGGCUUUACUUCAGUAUCAGCGCGAAAACCUUCAUUUUCUGAGUGAGGUUCUCCGAUUGCAAGAGUGCAUAAUCAAAUAUGAAGGAUCUAAUGAUGGAACCACACCUCAGAUGAAUCAACUACAGUCCGAGAUAAGACUUGCUCAUUCUUUAAUGGUGGAGACGGAAGCAGAGGUCCAGUGCGUUCGAACAACCAACGGUCUGUAUGUCGAAGAAAACGAAAGGUUGAGAGCUAUUCUAGGAGAAUGGAGCACCCGAGCAUUAAAGGCAGAUUCACUCCUAUCUGAGAAUCAGUAUUGA